AUGGAGUCCGUCAUUACUGUGCAGCGACACCAAAGAAGGAAGAAGUUCAUCCUCUGCUUUGACGGAACUGGAAAUAAAUUCUCCGGUACUGAUGCAGAUUCAAACAUUCUCAAGAUUUACCGUAUGUUGGAUCGCAACGAUAAUGACCAAUUCCACUAUUAUCAGCCAGGAAUUGGAACAUAUGUUAUUACCAAAUCAUUGUCGCAUACCAGUCGCUUUGACAGGCUGAAAUCCUGGUACCAGAAGGCUAAAGACAGCGCGGUAGGUACUUCAUUCGACGCACAUGUGAUGGGAGGGUAUAAGUUCUUAAUGCGAUACUAUUUACCUGGGGAUGACAUAUAUCUCUUCGGGUUCUCCCGUGGUGCAUACACUGCUCGGUUCCUCGCUGAGAUGUUGGAUCAUGUUGGCCUUCUAUCAGCUGGAAAUGAGGAGAUGUGCAGUUUUGCUUGGAAGACAUUCCAGAAAUGGCAAUGCCGCCAAGAACGCAGCGCCGAAGAAAAAGCACAGAAGAAGUACCUCCUAGACUUUAUGUGCGCAUUCAGGGAAACCUUCAGCCGGCCUGUCCGUCGCAUACGCUUCCUUGGUCUUUUCGACACAGUAAACAGCGUGCCGAAGUUCGAGAAUGCAUGGAUGCAGAGAAGCAAGUUUCCAUACACAGCUCGAAGCUCUGCCAAGGUCAUUCGCCAUGCUGUCGCAAUUGAUGAGCGCCGAGCGAAAUUUCGACAAGACUUAAUCUCGGAGAUGAAACCAAACAAAUCACACAAGUACAAGCGUCGCUGUAAACAUCACUGUUAUCUGAGUUCAGGGGGAACUCAUGAUGCUGAGCAUGAAGAGCAAACUAGAGGACGUAAGCCGUCUGACGUGGGCCAGUGGUACCCGUCAGGCAGGCGGGAUACGCUGGUAGUCCCUGAGCGGUAUCGUGAUCACUCAGAAACGGCAGGAAUUCGAAACUUAAGUCCUGGGAUUUCUCUUUCCGAUGUGUCCCAUCCGGUAUCCGCCGCGUCUUCAAUCUCCAAUAUCUCAUUGACAGCAAUCCAACGCCACGAUGACUCAGACUCAGACGGGGAAGAUGAACAAGACAUUCAAGAAGUGUGGUUUGCGGGGUGUCACGCUGAUAUUGGAGGUGGUUGGCCUCUUGGCCCGGGAGAAGACUCCGCCCUAAGCCAUGUUCCUCUUGUCUGGAUGGUUCGUGAGGCUCAACGUGCAGGUCUCUCCUUCGACAACGUCAAACUCCGCAUACUUAAUUGCAGCCAUGAGGAACCCACUCAAGAACCCGAGCCACAACGUGCAACUCUUUAUCCGGUGCCGACAAUCGAAAUUGAUCCGGCCUCUCCCAGCCCCGAACGUGAAGUGUCCACGCUCGGCUAUCGACUAGGCGAGCCCACCAUCAGGGUCAGUGAAGAAGAGAGUACCUUAGCUACGCAUCAUCAUCGCUGGCACAACACCAAUUUCCACAGGAUUCUGCGCGAUGCUGCUACCUGCGGUAAAAUCCACGAUGUGCUCCAAUUUCACAACGGUGCCUCCAAGCUUUCGGUCAUUUCCUGGAACAUUAUGGAAUACCUUCCCUUCCGACGUAUGGACUUGCAAGAAGACGGGUCUUGGAAAAGCAUAACCUGGCCAUUACCUAAAGGUGAAGUUCGCGACAUUCCCGAAAGCGCAGUAAUCCAUUCUAGCGUCAUUAGAAGAAUGGAAGCAGAUUCGGGUUAUAGACCAGGGAACUUGAUUGUUGGAGGGGGAGGGAGAGGGGUAAGGAAGGCACCAAAUGAACUUGGCAUGGGAAAAUGGCGGGUUCAUAGAGAAGAACAUGAUGCAAUCGGAGAAGUCUACAUACGUGCCGAGCCGCCCGAGAGGAGGAAGACGAAUGGAGAGGGUAUGAGGCCUUUGUGUCUUGCCCCAAAUGGGCCGCAAGGGAUGUUCCUUGGUGCGAGGUAG